AUGUCUGACGUCGCCGCACUUGCUGACUCCGUGGCUGCGACCACCCUGACCGAUAAGCCCGAAAUCAACGGUGCUACCCCUUCCUCCACCCAGGCUGCCGAUGCUGCGGCUGCCAGUGCAGAUGAGGGCCGUCGUCUUUACAUCGGGAAUCUCGCAUACGCGACCACCGAGGAGGAGCUCAAGGAGUUCUUCAAGACAUACACCAUCGAGACCACCUCGAUCCCGGUGAACCCCCGCACCAACCGUCCCGUUGGCUAUGCGUUUGUGGAUAUCGCCACUGCCGCUGAAGCGUCUGCCGCUAUCGAGGCCCUCUCUGGCAAGGAGAUUCUUCAGCGCAAGGUGUCCGUUCAGCUUGCCCGCAAGCCCGAGCCCGCCGAGGCCAAGGAAGGUGCUGCCAGUGGCGGUGAGGGUGCCAGUGGUGCCGAGGGUCGCAAGCGUGCUGGUGGUCGCGGCCGUGGCCGUGGCCGUGCCCGCGGUCGUGGUGGCCGUACCGGCCGUAGCCGUGCUGCCCAGGAUGGCCAGGAAGCCACCGAGGCCCCUGUCAUGGUUGCUAACCUGCCGUACGACUUGACUGAGGACAAGCUCAAGGAGAUCUUCGCCGCCUACGAGCCUGUCUCUGCUAAGGUUGCCCUGCGUCCCAUCCCCCGCUUCAUGAUCAAGAAGCUGCAGGCUCGCAACGAGCGCCGCAAGACCCGUGGCUUUGGUUUCGUCAACCUUGCCUCGGAGGAGCUCCAGGCCAAGGCCGUUAGUGAGAUGAACGGCAAGGAUAUUGAUGGUCGCGUCAUCGCUGUGAAGGUCGCUAUCGACAGCCCCGGUAAGGAAGAUGACGACAUCAACGCUGUGGCCGAGACCGAGGAGACUGCCGCUCCUGCUUCAGAUGCUGCCCCUGCUCCUGCUCAGGAGAACGCUGCUCCUGCUGUCACCACCAAGGCUUAA